AGCUCCCAGAGGAUUGCCACCAGCUCUUCCUGGCCGGGCAGCAAAGCAGUGGUGUUUUCCAGGUGCAGCCUGCAGGGUCUCAGCCCUUCAAAGUCUACUGUGACAUGACCGCAGAAGGUGGCUGGACAGUGAUCCAGAGGCGCACAGAUGGGUCUGUGGACUUUGACCAGCUUUGGGAUGCCUACAAGAAUGGCUUUGGAGACCUUCGUGGGGACUUCUGGCUGGGCCUGGAGAAGAUCCAUCACCUUGUCCAAGAGGGGAGAUAUGAUCUCCUGAUUGAGCUGGAAGACUGGGAGGGAAAUUCCCAGGUGGUUCAGUUUGUCUUCAGCCUUGGUGGUGAGAGCACAGCCUACACGCUCAAUCUGCUGGGGCCUCUGUCUGGAGAGCUGGAAAACGCCAUCGGGGACUUCAGGCAGCUGCCCUUCUCCACUCGGGAUCGUGACCACGACCUCAAAGCUGACACAAACUGUGCCAAACACCUCUCAGGUGGCUGGUGGUUCAGCACUUGUGGCCAUGCCAACCUCAACGGGAAGUACUUCCGCUCCAUCCCCCGCCAGAGGCACGAGCGCAAGCAGGGCAUCUUCUGGAAGACAUGGAAAGGCAGGUAUUACCCGCUGAAGUCAACCAUCAUGAAAAUCCAACCCGCAGCACUGGAGGCAGAGCCCUAA